UUUUCUAAGACUUACAAAAUAUGUCAUAGGAGAAAAAUGGGUGUGAAGUUGUUGGUGUUUGCCACUAGCUUUCAUAUUAUUGUCUGAGGAGGAUAGAGUAAAAUCACUAAGAUGUCUCACAUUCCAAGUGUCGCCAAGGAAUUUCCGAUUCAUUGGGCCAUCUGGCACAACAACCUAGAGGAUUUGAGUAAAGAGCUGGCAAAGAAAGAGGGUGAAAGAGAAAAGAAGGACCCCAGAGGAAGAACUCCCCUUCACUUGGCAGUCACCCUCGGACAUGUAGAAUGUGUCAGGGUACUACUAGGAUUCGAUGCAGAUGUUACAAGUGAGAACAAAGUAGGAUGGACAGUGAUCCAGGAAGCCACAAGUACGGGUGAUCCGGAACUAGUCCAACUGAUCCUCCAGCACAGGGAUCACCAGAGAGCCACAGCCCGCAUAGGAGGGAUACCAGAGCUCCUAGAAAAGCUCAGCCAAGCCCCGGACUUCUACGUUGAGAUGAGAUGGGAAUUCACCAGCUGGGUGCCUCUAAUGUCCAGGAUGUGUCCUAGUGAUACUUAUCGUGUAUGGAAGAGUGGUCCUAAUGUCAGGAUCGAUACAACCCUCAUUGGGUUUGAUAACAUGAACUGGGUCAGAGGGAGCAGGAGUUACGUCUUUAAGAAUGAAGAUCGUAACCAGUUUGAGUUCAUGGAGAUAGACCAUGAUGCCAAGGUAGUCUACUCCGAGACGUUAGAGCUCCAAGCACACCAUGACAUCUCCAGGAUGCAGCCUUCAGAGAAUGCCGUAGCCCAAAGACUAACUUCGCCCGUCUCCAACACCUAUAUAGAUACAGAGAAAAUAGAAUUCACAAGAACAAAGGCAGGUAUUUGGGGCUGGAGGCAUGACAAAGUGGAGGCAAUCAAUGACUAUGAAUGUAAAGUAUUCACUGCAAACAAUGUACAACUCGUCACAAAAAACAGAACAGAACAUCUCACCAAAGAAGACAAGGAUAAAGUCAAAGCUGAUGGGCCUGCAUUCGCCUCCCCUCUCCAGUCAUUACUAGGUGUAGUAGAGAAACAAGAACAAGAAGUAGGAGGUGCAGGGCUCGAUGUGACCCAGUCCGGCACCCUCACCAACCCCACCGACAUCAAGCCCGAGGAGUACUUCAACGAGAUGAUCCCCCUGGAGGGGCGGGACAUCGGCCGCCCCAGGGAGGUCACCACCAAGGUGCAGAAGUUCCGUGCCACACUCUGGCUGUCUGAGAACCACCCCCUCUCCCUCCAGGAGCAGGUGCUGCCCAUCAUAGACCUGAUGGCUAUCAGCAACGCCCACUUCGCCAAGCUCAGGGACUUCAUCACCCUGCAGCUGCCUGCUGGAUUCCCUGUCAAGAUCGAGAUCCCUCUCUUUCAUGUAAUCAAUGCAAGCGUGACCUUCGGUAACCUGUAUGCCAAGAGGGAACCUGUAACGGGCGUAUCUAAUGAGGUCAUUGAGAUUUUGUCUGAGGAGCCCCCACCAGCAGUGAGUGAGGAUUUCUUAGAUGAUGAAGGAGCUUCUUCAAAGCCGCUUCCUCCAGCCACCAUCUGUGUCGUGGACCCACAUGUCUUUGAUAUACCUGCAGAUUAUUCCAAGUAUAGAUCUGGGGAGAGUCAGGUGAGGUAUGGUGAAGAUGAGCUUCUACAGCUUGCUAUACAGCAGAGUCUACUAGAACAACAGACCAACAAUCAAGAUGAGGUUGGUUUUAUUGAUGCUCUUGGUGAAACAGAAAACCUUCAAUCUAUUGAAGACAAACUCUUAGAAAGGGCCAUUCAAGAAAGCCUCCUUCUCUCCCAGACGGACGAGAGCAACAAUGCAUCAGGGGACCAAACAUCAUCAUCGCCUUCCCAUGCCUCAUCCAAUCACACCGGGGUCACUCUACCUCCCCCGGGGGCCAACCCCACCCCCACCAAACCCUCCAUCACUACCUCGCCGCUACCCGCCCGUCCCGCCCCAGUCGGCUGCGAGUUCUCCAGCAGGACGGAUGACGAGCUGAGGCUUGCGCUGGAGCUGUCUGAGAGGGAGAGGCUGGAGGCUGACAAGAGAAGGCAGGAGGAGGAUGAGGAGCUGCAGAUGAUACUCCAGCUUUCAAUGACGGAGAAAUGACAUCAAACAGAUAUAACUGGUGUGAUUUAGCAUCUCAGAAGGACUAGGCUAUUGACGAUCAGGGAGGUGUUUCACAAAGAUCCUAAGUUCAACUUAUCUCUAAGUUGGAUUUAACAAUUAUGGAAAGCCAUUCGCAUCUAUGAAAAUAUUUU